AAAAUAAAGGGAUUAAGAAUGCGUUUUAAUCAACAACGACAUUGUUUCAUUCGAUGCGUUGAAUGGAAACGAGAGUAAACAACACACUUUCGGUGACGCCUCCGGCAGGUCACGUUGCAUGGCCGUGUCCCGUGACGCUGCCAGGGGGCGGGUUAUCACCACUAGAGUCGGUCUGUGGAGCUAACCUCACAGAGAGGAUCGGAGCCCGAGUGUUGUUUUGAAUUUGCUGGAAGACGCCGAUUUGGAGAGGGGUAGUGCCUGUGAAUAAGAUGGCGGAUGUAGGAGGCGAUGAAACUCGGCCCGUUCUCCCUUCGGCAUCCCGUAACGGUCCGGUUGUCGGUUCGUCGGCUGGCACCGCGGGCCACGGCGCAGCAAUGGUCACAUCGGGACCGCGGAUGGUCAGGAUCGUCAAGUCGGAGUCCGGCUACGGGUUUAAUGUCCGCGGUCAAGUGAGCGAAGGAGGACAGCUUCGGAGCAUCAACGGGGAGCUGUACGCCCCUCUUCAGCAUGUCAGCGCUGUUUUACCCGGAGGUGCUGCGGACCGAGCCGGGAUAGUGAAGGGUGACAGGAUCCUGGAGGUUAAUGGCGUGAACGUGGAAGGUGCAACUCAUAAGCAGGUGGUGGACCUGAUCCGUGCUGGGGAGAAGGAGCUGGUUCUGGCUGUGCUGUCUGUUCCACCUCAGGAGGCUGACGGUUUGGAAGGAGGAGAGGAAGUCCAGCCCAACUACGACUACAGUGACAAGCAGGCCGUGCCCAUUUCUAUUCCCACAUACAAGCACGUAGAACAGCACUCCGAGAGGUUUGUGGUAUACAAUGUGUAUAUGUCAGGGAGGCAGCUGUGUUCAAAACGCUAUCGUGAGUUUGCCAUCCUGCACCAGAACCUGAAAAGGGAAUUCUCCAACUUCAACUUCCCAAAGCUUCCUGGUAAAUGGCCCUUCUCCCUAUCGGAACAGCAGCUGGAUGCACGACGUAGAGGCUUGGAGGAAUAUCUCGAGCGAGUGUGCUCUGUGCGGGUGAUUGGGGAGAGUGACAUCAUGCAGGAGUUUCUCUCGGAAUCAGAUGAGAACUACAACGGUGUGUCAGAUGUAGAACUGCGGAUAGCCCUACCAGACAAGACCACCAUCUCCGUCAGAGUCCGUAAGAACAGUACCACAGACCAGGUGUAUCAGGCAUUAGUGAUGAAGGUUGGGAUGGACAGUAUUAUGGCGAGCUACUUUGCUCUGUUUGAAGUUAUCAACCACUCCUUUGUGCGGAAGCUGGCGCCUAACGAGUUUCCCCACAAGCUAUAUGUGCAGAACUACACGUCGGCCGUCCCGGGGACCUGCUUAGCACUCCGCAAAUGGUUGUUCAGCUUCCAGGAGGAGGAGUUGCUCAGAGACAAUCCGCUGGCACUGCACUACUGCUUUCACCAGGCACUGGAUGAUGUGAAGAAGGGAUUCAUAAAAACAGAGGACAAAUCCUACCAGCUGCAGAAACUGGCAGAGCAGCGCAAGAUGGCCACGUACCUGAGUCUAUUGCGGACAUGCGAGGGCUACAACGAGGUGGUCUUCCCCCACUGCUCUUGUGACUCCAGAAGGAAGGGCCACGUCAUCACAGCGAUCAGCAUCAAUCACUUCAAGUUGCAUGCUUGCACUGAGGACGGCACGCUGGAGAACCAGGUAAUAGCUUUUGAGUGGGGGGAGAUGCAGCGCUGGGACACGGACGAGGAGGGGAUGGCUUUCUGCUUUGAGUAUGCCAGAGGAGAAAAGAAACCUCGCUGGGUCAAGAUCUUCACUCCGUAUUUCAACUACAUGCACGAGUGCUUUGAGCGGAUCUUUUGUGAGCUGAAGUGGAGGAAACAGGUUGAGGAAGAAGCGUCUGAUAAAGACAACAAAAACUGCAGCAACAACGAGUUUCUGCCUCCUCUGGAGACGCAGCAGAAGGGAUGGCGCCACCUAGGGGGAGAGAUUGCAACUUCCUAAAGCCGUCAAUUGUCAUCACUUGAACUAAAACUGGUCCACUUGCAUCAUCACAGCCACCCCAGAGAGAGCCCAUCGACAAACACAGUACUGAGUAACAGACUCGAGGCGAACCCUGCCCCAAAAACAAACUGGAAGUGACCGACUUGGGAAAUUGGAUUAUUAACACUUGCCGAACCCAGGGACACACACACAUGUAGACACACACAUGAAAACAGUAGGAAGAGCAUCGAAAGAAGAUAAACAAGAGCCAACUUUCACGUCACUUAUUAGAUCCUCCAUAGUGUAACUGUUGUUUUCCUCCAUGCAUCUGCCCCAUGAUGUGAGGCAAGACAUGAGAGAAUUCUCACCACAGCGUGUGAUUGGUCAGGGUCACCACAGCGCGAAGUGAGCGCCGCAGUGAAACGCCGCUUGUCGAGAGAGCUGACAGUCCAGAAUUGAGGUUGCGACGUUCGGUUUUUCCAACAGGACCCAUCCAGAUCCCGCGGCGGUGACCUUGUCUGCUGAACUGAGCUGAGAUGAAAAUAAUAAUGGAGGGAAACAGAAAAAAGUUCGGUGGUUCUUUCACGGUUGUGAUAAAGGACGAAAGUAAAAUCAUCCUUUACGCCGAUGCUGGACAUUAACACAGAAGUUGUGUUUUAUGUCUCUGGAGUCCUCUGUUUCAUCAGAAAUCAUAAACGGCACAAAUGUAACUACAUGAAACGGAUGUUGAGAGAAUGUGUUUGUAAUUAUUUGUAUGUUUAACAAUCUUACUUCUGAUAAAAUAUAGAUUAAUAUAAGA